AAGACACGUGACCGGAAACGCGUCAGUCAGGUGAUCUUUUCAAGCCCGACUAAAACGUUUUCGCUUUUGCAGCGUUGACGGUGGAAUUAAAACAACCUGUUUCAUUCAGUCAUAGAAGAGGAUUUGUCCGUUCUCACCGUUGGCUUAUCUUUGACUUUUGGAAUUUUGUCCACGGACCGUCCUCUUUUGGGACCAAUCGAUCAGCUCCAUCGUUCUUUACUUUUAUCGCCUGUCUGAGGUCGUGUCGCCUCUCCCUGUCAUUUUUGAAGCAAUGUCUCAGAAGCUGACGCCGGACAACUCUCAGAAAGGCUUCGCCGUAGGCCGGGGGCUCUUGGCCGCCGCCGAGACUCUAAACUUUAGCAUGAACGAGUCUCGGCCCGAUCCGUACAGUUCCUCGUCCCAGCAGCAUGGAGGAUUGAUGGGAUUGGGUGGAGUAGAAAGCCAGGAUUCCUCAACCAUAGCCCCUCGUCGUGUGGGCAACCAUCUCAGCAAUACCAUGAAGCUUUUCGCCAGCCUCGGUCUCUCCCCCAAUGACUUGGACGCGCUGGCCCAGGUGCCCGAGGAGAACAUCAGUGUGGAUACGCUACCGCAUCUUAUCAUGCAGCUGAAAAACCGGAAAGCAGAAACCAGUCGACUUGAACUGCUCUCUCAAUCGCUUUCCCCAGACCCCUCAUACAGAGGCGGUCGUGAUGAGUGGGGAGACGUGCAGGGAAGACGUUCCUCGACUUCUACUAGCCAGAGCCGCACUUCUCAGGCUGAUUUUGGCUACAGUUCUACUCAAGAUUUAUCCUCCCGCAGCUACGAUAUGCUUGAUUACGGGAGCGGUGGCAGCAGUCGAGAUCGCCAGUAUUCUGAGCUUUCCACUGACCGCUAUGGUGGUUUAGGCACGACCUCAUCUUCAUCGUCCAGCGAUCUCUUUAUGCAGAGGCGGAUGGGAUCCCCAUCUCAGGGAAAAAUUCAGGAUUUCUUGGGUGUCAUGCCACACAUGUUUCCCCAUGUGUGCUCCCUUUGUGACUUUGACGUGCAUUCUUCCAUGGAAUGGACUCAGCACACAACUGGGAUGCGGCAUGCCGAAAACCGGAGGGUCCUUCUGCAGCUGUAUCCAGAGUGGGACCCUCAAAUGCCCUCUGGCCGAAUGUCAGAUUCUCUCUCUCUGAGCUCAAAGAACCGAUCAGAUGGACUACUGGGUGCUGCUCCAUCAUCUGCAUCAUCUAUGAGGCAGCGAACUAGCAUGGGUUCAAACUGGGGAUCUACAUCAAGCAUGAAUAUCUCAAACAAAUCAUCAUAUUCUGUAACACCCAAGAUCAGAAGCAGGGUAGUUGUGGUAAAAUAUGACGAGAAGCCAAAGUUAUCUGCUUUGUUUGCUUUAGCCAGUCGUUUCGGGGCCAUUCGGGAACACCUCGUACUCAAGAAUAAGGCUUUUCUGGAACUUAUGACACACGAGGAAGCUGUCGCAAUGACCAACCACUACCAGAACAAGCCUGCUAUUUUACAUGGGAGAGAAGUGAAGAUUUACUUGUCCAAGGAGCUGCUGGUGAUUGAGAAAAACGACAGGCCAGAGAGGGAGAACAGACCUCGAGAUUCCGGGCCAGUGGUGUUCUUUUCCAAUUUGCCACGAGAGACUGAGAAGAAAGCAGAGCUGCUCACAAUAGCCCGCAGAUUCGGCACCGUAGUGAACCACCUGUUUUUAAAUGAUCAGGCAUUUGUGCAGAUGAGUAACUCUGAGGAUGCAGAGAUGUUGGUGAAGUACUACACUAUCCAUCCACUGACCAUAAGUCGUAGGACCAUACAUAUGAACAUCUGCACCAAAUACAAGACCUUAACGGUCAAACCUGGUAAAGGAGAGCAGUUAAAAGAGGACUUGGAAGAAUGUGGUCCGAAGAACAGCAGCAGUAGAACAAGUUCCAAAAGUUCAUCCAAGCCCCAGAGAAGCUCAAGCGCCAGAACUAAAGAAAGCUCGUACGAGAAGGCACAGGAGUCAAAGCCUAAGGAAGAGGAAGAGGAGGCCCUGGCCGGAGCAGGCUCUGGCGAUGAAGGGGAAGGUGUUGUGGAAGCUCAUGAUGAAGAGGAAGAGACCAUUGCUGAAGACCCGGUGACGGAGGAAUCUGCGACUGCACAGCCAGAUCAGGAAAGUGCCAUGGAGUUUGAGAAUUCAGCCAUGGAGCCAGAAAAAGAAAAUCUUCAAGAAGGUGAUAAGACGGGGAUUCCCGAAGAGGAACCAAUUGAAGAGACCCAUCAAACAGAGCAACCAUUGGAGCAUGACGAAGAUCAGGAGCAGGAGGACAACACGGAAAUCAAAGAAUCAGAGGGUCAGGAUGAUGCGGAGCAGGACGAAGGUGCUGCUGAUGAUUCUCUUGAGCAGGAGGUACCUGAAGAAUGUGAUUUCCCUGAAGACUUUGAUGAGUUUGUUACUCUGGAUGAGCUGGCGGAAGAGGAUGAGGCUGAACGGGUCGACUCACGAUCUAGAGAUCGAACUUCUUCAGGUAGAUCCAGGGACAGUGGUGGCUUGAGAGUCGUCAAUGUGGUUGGAUUCAAACGCAGCUAUGGUUAUCUGGAUGAGAUUCUAUCUUUGGCAAAGCCUUUCGGGAAAGUUGUACGACACUUGGUUCUGCAUUCCAGGCCUGAGGCUUUUCUGGAGUUUAGCACUGAACAGGAAGCCAGAUCAAUGGUUCGUUUCUACAAUGGAAAUGUCAUCCCAUCUGUGUGUGGAAAAACAGUCAAAAUUUACCAUUCGAUGACCUACGCAACCAUCCAGAGCGGCAAAGUCGUCUAUAUUGGACACAUCCCUGCAUUUAAAGCAUCAGACUCGUCCUUUUUGAAGGUUGCAGAGCCAUUUGGGAAAGUCAGACGAUACUAUCUGAAUCGGUCACGCAAUGAGUGCUUUAUUGAAAUGGAGAGGGGUGAGGACGCGGAGAAGUUUGUGGAGUCUGCUCGGCUGAAUCCAAUCAAAUUCGAAGGCAAACGCUUGCUUGUCUACAUCAGCAGGAAGUACAAACAACUCAAACAUGGACACAGGCCUCCAACCUCAGACGACAAACGGGCAGCCAAAAGAGAGCACUCUGAGGAGACAGAGGAAAACCAGAGCGGGUCCCCAUCGAAAACUACCACGGUGCUAGAAGAGGAACCGCCAACCAAAAAAGCUAAAGAGGAGAAGCCUAGCGAAGAGACAACCAUGAUUGUACCAGAGGAAGAGGGUCAGGUGGAGGAGAAGGAGGAAAAAGAAGAGAAGGAGGAAAAAGAUGAAGAGGAGGAGGAGGAGCAAAGGGAAGAGGAGAAGGAGGAAAAGGAAGAGAAGGAGGAGGAUGUCAAAGCUGAGCCUUGUGAGAGUAUUGCUGAAGUGAGCAAUGAGCACACUGAGGAACAAAACUCUGAUGGAACAGAAUCUCAGAAUGAAGAGCUCAAACCAACGAAGGUUGAGAGUGACAUUGAUGUUCCUCCUACGGAGUCUUCAUCCGUUGCAUCCUCUGCUGCUGUGUCUGAGAAGAGCCAAGAGCAGACUGAAGCCCCCACACCUCCAACGGAGUCUGUUAAAAAGCCUCAAACCACUAUAGAUGCUCUCGGUCCAUAUGAGCCAAACGUCCCUGUGGGUGUGGAGUUUGUGAAGAUGGGCUACUACUGUAGAGUGUGUUUCCUUUUUUACUCCAAUGAAGACACUGCUAAAAAGGUGCACUGCAGUAGUCAGGCACACUACGAGAAACUCAAGAAACACUUGGAAAAGGAGAAGGCCAAAGCACAGAGCAAUCGUGAGAAGAACUGAAUAAGGAGGAGUGUAAUUGGUGCUGUACAGUAUUUGGAUGUGAAUUAGCUUUAGUUUGCGUGGUCUUUAUCAUUGGAGGGUUGAUUUUUAGUGACAUUUUUUUAGGUUGAUUCUAUAAUUUACUGACUUUCUUACAUGUGUAUUUGAGAUAAAUAGAAGAACCAGAGCCCUUUUAUGGCUGAUUUGCUUGUAAUAUUUUUUUUAUUUUAUUUUUUUCUCCCCGUCAGUUGGUUAGUUUUCAACCUCUUAAGAUUAAAGGCAUUCCUCACACUGGC